AAACCAGCACGCGUGAAUACAAAAAGGCCAGAAGCCGAUUCAGAAAUCCAGUCAAACUCAAUAAAGCAAAACCCUAAUUCAAUUCUUUCCACGCUCUUCAAUCCCCAAGGUAUGAAUUCAUCUAUUUAGUUCGUGAGAAUUCUGUGAUUUCCGAAUCAUAACUACAAGAAACUGUUCUUGCUUCUCUUGUUUUUACUCAUUUUAGAAUUGAUUCUUUCCUGGAAAACCUACUCUGAGAUAGACACUUUAUUCGAUUUUACAUUAUGGGUCUGUCACUUUACUGGUAAGUUCCCUUGCAAAAUGCAAGCUUUAAGCGUUUGGCCCUCGAAAGGUGUCUUUUGGGCAGUACCCCAGUUGGACUAUAACCUGGGUUCCUCUUCUAUUCCGAGUAGAAGAAGGGGAAGGAGAAAACUAUGGAAUCCUGAAGAUCCUGUGUGUCAGUAUAGACGUCUUGCGUUCUUAUGGGUUUCAAGCAGUUCAAGAAGUGACAGAGUUGGGGUUUGUUGUGGGAGUCCUAAAUUUGAUUUUGGAUGUGGGUUGCUUUCCGGAUAUUCCAAACUCAAAAUUCUUCUCUUAUGUGAGCGAAAGAGAGGGUCUUUUGGGGCUUCUUUCGCAUUGGCCUGGGCAUUAGAGCAACAAGCAAUUGGGAAUGAAUUCGUUAAAGAAGAUUCAAAUUCAAUCCAUAGUUUGGCAGGGAAUACUGAGACUGUGGAUAUUGAUUGUCUUAAAGUAGAUGGAGCAAGGGAUGGUGAUGAAAAUGAUAACAAAGAAGAAAAAGAAGCUAAAAAAAAUGGGGAAGUGAUCGAGGAGAAGAGUAGAAAUGUUGAUGUUCGUGCACUGGCACGUGGCUUAGAGUUUGCUACAACUGCAGAUGAUGUAGAAGAGGUUCUUAAGGAUAAGGUUGAAUUGCCUCUUCAAGUGUACUCAACCAUGAUUAGAGGUUUCGGUACAGAUAAGAGAUUGGAUGCUGCAAUGGCUCUUGUUGAGUGGCUUAAGAGAAAGAAGGAAACCAAGGGUUCUAAAGGCCCAAACCUUUUUGUAUAUAAUAGUCUUUUGGGUGCAGUGAAACAGUCAGAAAAAUUUGCACUAGUUGAGAAAGUCAUGAAUGAUAUGGCUCAAGAAGGGAUCCUUCCAAAUGUUGUAACUUAUAACACUUUGAUGUCAAUUUACUUGGAACAAGGAAGAUCAGUUGAAGCUCUCAAUAUUCUCGAGGAGAUCCAGAAGAACGGUCUGUGUCCUUCUCCCGUAUCCUAUUCUACAGCAUUGUUGGUCUAUCGAAGAAUGGAAGAUGGACAUGGAGCCCUGAAGUUCUUUAUUGAGUUAAGAGAAAAGUAUCUGAAAGGCGAAAUUGGCAAGGAUGCUGAUGAAGAUUGGGAAAAUGAGUUUGUUAAGCUCAAGAACUUCACAAUUCGGAUUUGCUAUCAGGUGAUGAGGCGGUGGCUUGUGAAAGAAGGCAACCAAAGCCCCAUUUUGUUGAAACUUCUUGCAGACAUGGACAAUGCUGGACUUCAACCUGGUCGGGCAGAAUAUGAGCGCCUUGUGUGGGCAUGUACACGUGAAGAGCAUUAUGUUGUGGCAAAAGAAUUAUACACUAGGAUAAGGGAAAGGCAUACUGAAAUAAGCUUAUCCGUCUGCAACCAUAUUAUCUGGUUGAUGGGGAAGGCAAAGAAGUGGUGGGCAGCUCUGGAGAUUUACGAGGAUUUGCUGGACAAGGGACCAAAGCCAAAUAACUUAUCAUAUGAACUGGUUGUUUCUCACUUUAAUAUACUACUCACUGCCGCUAGAAAAAAAGGCAUUUGGCGAUGGGGUGUCAGGCUGCUAAACAAGAUGGAAGAUAAAGGCCUAAAACCAGGAAGUAGGGAAUGGAAUGCUGUUCUAGUAGCCUGUUCCAAGGCUGCAGAAACUUCUGCUGCUGUGGAGAUAUUCAGGAGAAUGGUGGAACAAGGUGAAAAGCCGACAAUUAUCUCCUAUGGGGCAUUGCUUAGUGCCCUUGAGAAAGGCAAACUCUAUGAUGAGGCUUCCCGGGUGUGGGAACAUAUGGUUAAGAUGGGUGUUGAGCCAAACUUGUAUGCCUACACAAUUAUGGCUUCAAUCUGCGUCGGACAAGGGAAGCUUCAAAGGGUAGAUUCAAUCCUUCGGGAGAUGGAAACAUUAGGAAUAGAUGCUACUGUUGUCACAUAUAAUGCAAUCAUCAGCGGGUGCGCACGAAACGGUCUCAGCAGUGCAGCAUUCGAAUGGUUUCACCGCAUGAAAGUUGGGAAAAUCCAACCAAAUGAGAUUACCUAUGAAAUGCUGAUUGAAGCUCUUGCAAAGGAUGGGAAGCCUAGGCUUGCAUUUGAGUUAUACUCAAGGGCUCAAAAUGAAGGCCUUAACCUUUCCACUAAAGCUUAUGAUGCAGUCGUUCUAUCCUCACAGGUACACAGUGCUACCAUCGAUGUAAGUCUUUUAGGGCCUCGGCCACCAGAGAAAAAGAAAAAGUUGCUUGCCAGAAAGACCUUGUCUGCAUUCUGUAACUUGGCUGAUGUUCCUAGGAGAGCUAAACCAUUUGAUAGAAAGGAAAUUUACUCUCAGCAAACAGAAGGAAAUCAAUGAGCAACACUGCACAAUGAACUCUGUAUGAUACUGAAUUUUUCCCUUAUCUUUAUACAUUUCUCUGAACUUACUUCUGAAA